GUUUCUUGGAAGAAAAGAGCAAGUUGAAUUUCGUAAGGAAGUAGCCAAUUUUGAAUUAUAAAAUUCAAAUACCGAGUAAUGGAUGAGUAUGAGCCUGUUGUUCAAAAUGUUUGUUAAGGAAAUGCUAGUAUAUAUGCAUGGUAAAGGGCAGAGACUGUGGAAUAAUCUCUACUCAUCCAAUUUCUUUUUCCUGAAUAUUUGGUAACAAAAAACAGGAAUUCCUUAUUUUUCUUGAAGCCGUUUUAGGAGGGUAUAUAUAUGAAAAGGGUUUUGACAAAACCUUAGGUUUUUACAAUGAAGUAAUAGUGUAUAGUUUUUCUUUUUUUUCUUAGAGAGAGAAAGAGAAAGAUGGGAAAUUGUUUGUCGGAUGUUAAAGGUGGGAAGCAGGCCGUAGGAAGAGUGGGCCACCACCACCAUAUGGAUCCAGCAGCCGCCGGUGGUGGUGGAGGGCCCAAUGAUGCUGUGUUCUAUAGGACAAAGGGUCUUUACGCCCUUUACACACCAGUCGAGUUAUCAUUAUCAGCUUCAAAGCUACGUGAUCUCGAUAUAGCUUCUAAGAGUGAUCCAAUGGCAGUGGUAUCUAUCAGAAAAAGAGAUGGCACACUGGAAGAGCUUGGUCGAACAGAAGUUAUUUUGAACAACUUGAAUCCUUUAUGGAUAGAGAAAAUUAAUAUCAUGUACCAGUUUGAGACUGUGCAGACAUUGAUUUUCCAUGUCUAUGAUGUAGACACAAAAUAUCAUAACAUACCAGUUAAGGAUCUUAAAUUGAAGGACCAAGAUUUCCUUGGUGAAGACAGUUGUGUUCUUUCAGAGAUUAUAACCAAGCGCAACCAAAGUUUAACACUGAAUCUGCAAUAUAGGAAUGAUCAUGUCCUGAAAAACUUAGGGCAACUUACUGUUCUUGCAGAAGAAAUAGUCAUUUCAAGAACUGCUGUAGAGAUGACACUGCGAUGUACCAACCUAGAAAAUAAGGAUUUAUUCUCUAAAAGUGAUCCUUUCUUGAGAAUAUCUAGGAUUGUUGAAACUGGAGGUCCUAUUCCAAUUUACAAGACAGAAGCCGUAAAUAAUAACUUGAACCCCAUAUGGAGGCCUCUGUGUCUAACUACACAGCAAUUUGUGAAUAAGGAUAAUCCAUUAGUUAUAGAGUGCUUUGACUUUAACACUAGUGGCAAUCAUGUACUUAUCGGGAAAUUACAAAAAACAGUGGCAGACCUAGAAAAUUUACACAAGAGCAGAGUUGGUGCAAAUUUUAUUUCACCACUUUCUGGUUUUUGGGGUAACAAAAAGGUCAUGAAAGGUCAACUUUUUGUUGAAGGAUAUGCUGAGAAGCAGCUCUAUAAUUUUCUUGACUACAUCUCUAGUGGAUUUGAGCUUAAUUUUAUGGUUCCCGUGGAUUUUACUGCUUCUAAUGGAAAUCCUCGCACUUCUGAUUCCUUGUAUUAUAUUGAUCGUUCUGGCCGUUUGAAUGCUUACCAGAGGGCUAUUAUGGAGGUUGGAGAUGUCAUACAAUUCUAUGAUUCAGAUAAGCGCUUUCCUGCUUGGGGCUUUGGUGGCAGGGCAUAUAAUGGAACAUUAUCUCACUGUUUUAACUUAGCUGAAAGCCUAGGUGCUGUUGAGGUGGAAGGUGUCGGAGGUAUUAUGGCAGCUUAUGCUAGUGCUUUGCAGAAUUUUACUCUUUCUGGACCCACAUUAUUCGGACAUGUAGUUAACAAGGUUGCAAAAAUUGCUGUAGAGUCCCUCAAAGACAACCAAAGCACAUAUUUUGUCCUUCUCAUUAUAACGGAUGGUGUCAUUACCGAUAUGCAAGGUUAAGAGAACUUCCGAGGCAAGUUUUGGCGAGUUCUAGCAAGG